UCCUUAGCUGUCACGCAUGCCGUUACUGACACUCGCGCAGAGUGACACCUUCACCGAGUAGCGCGCAGAGUGACACCUCAUCGAGUAGCGCGCAGGGUGACACCUUCACCCAGUAGCGCGCACCUUCCCACAGCCGUCACCAGUCCCCGCGACCGUACUCGUGCCUGCAUCGUUCCGCCCCCGCCCUUCACGUCGCCAUGAUGCGAGUCUCGGAUCACUACGCUGUCAUCGUCGUGGAUGGCAAACCUGUCAAGGAAUCCAACGUGAGGAUCAACUUCCAACCCGCCACCAACACGUUCGUCGCUACUUGCGAAAUACCUUACACGCACGGUGCCAACUUUGCCAUCCACUACUACUACAAGCACACGGAUCGCUGCUACACGGCCACUGCAAUGGUCGAUGGUCAAUUCGCCGCGUCGAUGAUUCGCGACCCUGCGCUGAUGCCCAAGGACAAACCUUUGAAGCACGAGGGCUUCAUCACUACUCGAGGUGUACGCCUCUUUCGCUGGGCUCGCAUGGCGCGCAGAGAGGGUACGUAAGGCGGUGAUUCCUCGGACCCCCACCCUUUACUGACACCCAGCACU